AUGAUGUUUGCCAAAAUUAGUUCUCAAUAAUACAAUCAGUAAGAGGAGCUUAAUUAUUUAAACUUUCCUAAGAUAAAUAUAUAAAAAGAAUAAGUUAUUGGAUGUAUUUCCAAAUAUUCACCUUUAAGCAAUGUUGUUUUUCCAGAAAAUAUAGAGAAAAAAGAUUAAAAUAGUUAUUUAAUAUACAUAGCAAAACAAAUACAAACUAAAGAACUACGGUUUGCGUAUUAUGUUGAAUUUCUUGUUUCUCUUUAGAAAAUUGUUCAUUUUUUUAUUAUUUAAGGUUGUUCGAAUUAUAUAGAAGUCUAAUUUGAUAUGGAUAACUUAAAAUAUGAAGGAAAUUGGUGUUUUCAUUAUUUGUACUUUAAAGAUGAAACAGAAUUAAUAGUGGGAUUAGAUUGUGGGAAUUAAAAUCAAUUUAAUACUUUUUAAAGUGAUCCUAAUUGUUUUUAAGACCUGAUCCUUAUGUAUGGAUAAAGUUUUUAAGUAUUAUUAUGAAUUGAUAAUAGAUUAUAAAGGAUAGCUCUAAACAAAACUUAAUGUUGAUUAACUUUCCUGGGGAGGUGAAAUUAUAUUAAAUAAGUAAUAUUAUGCUUUUGAGAGAAUAUCAAGAUAAUUUUUUUUAAGGAAUAGAUUAAUAUCUCAAUAUUAAUCCAUUAAUUUCAUAUUUACAAUACUCAUAUUUAAAUAAAAAGAAUAUUAUUAGUUAAUUUAAUUAUAAUAGAAGUUAUGAUAUUUAGUUUUGGUCUAAAAUAAACAUUUAAGAAGUUAAUUAAUAAUAAAUAUGUAUUCUAAAAAUUAAACCUCAUAAUUUCUAAUAAGACAUAAAUUUAUUUUUAUUAACCUAUAUAAAGAUAUAAGAAUAAUGGUCUUACUUUAUUGAAUAUCUUUCUUAUAAUUAUCCUUUUGUAUAUAAUAUAGAUUUAAUAAAAGAAUUUAAAUAAAGUUACUCUUAAAACAUUGAAUAAGAUGUAAUUACACAAUGGCAUUUUAUAGAAAUAAAAUAUGUAAUGAAUAUAUUUGUAUUUAAAAUAAAUAGUUUUAUAAAAAAUUUAAGAUACUAAAUAUAAUUCAAAUAAGUUUAUUAAUUUUCAGAUAUACUAUUAGAAUUUUAAUUUGGAGCUAAUAACACUUAAAAAAUAAGUUUAGAUGGAGAAAUAGCAUUAUUUAAUUAUUUCAAUUAUGUUAGCCUUGUUAGUAAAUUAAAUGAUGAAGAAAGACAAUAGAAUUGUCAUUAUUCUUGUUUUAAUUGUUGGGGACCUUUUAAUAAUCAAUGUCUUUCUUGUUUAGAUUCAGAUAAUCGAAUUUAUGAUCAGUAAACUAAUACAUGUUAAUGUAAAUUAUGGUAUGUAGAAGAGAAAUAAUCAAAAUGUUAUGGAUCUACUGACAUGAAUAUCAAAGAAACUUUCAAUUAUUUACCUAUAGACAAUAGAUAUGAAUCAGAAGAUUAAGAUAUAAUUUGUGCAUUUGGGUAUUUUAAAUAUAAAGAUAUUUGCAUAUAAUGGUAAUAAUUUGUUAAUUUAGAUUAGUCCUUCUGCUUCUUAAAAGGGAAUGUUAAAUUGUUUAGAAUGCUUAUAAAACCCUGAAAAAUGGUAGAUUAAAGGUAUUUGUGAAGAAUAAUAUAUACAAUUUUAAGGUUCUAUUAAUAAUGUGUAUUCUCAUAAUUAUAAUUCAAAAAGUUAGACAGCUUUAUUUAUUGUAGUUGAUGAGGAAUUAGUUGGUUGUGAUGGAUGUGAUCGUUGUACAGAUCAAGAUGUUUAAGAAAGAAAUGUUAUUUGUAUUAAAUAUGAUGAUUAACGUCCUGAUUUGGAUAUAUAUAUUACUUGUUAUUAUGGUGAAUACUAGAAAGAUGUAAAAAAGUGUCUUGAAGAAUAAGAUUCAGAUGAUUAUCGAGGUAUAUCAUAAUGUUAACGGGCUUGUGGAUAUUGUAUGUUUAAAUAAUGUUGGUAUUGUAUAGAUCCUUCAAAAUAUUUUAUGGAUGUUUUAGGUAUUUGUAGAACAUGUGAUAUAAAAAAUUGCAAAUAUUGUUUUUAAUAUAAUAAGUUUGACAAAAAUUAAGUUUCAAUUUAAUUAGGAGAAAUUUCAUAAAAUUAAGAAGAUUAUAUUGUUGCUUGUUCAUUAUGUUUUCCAGGAUAUGUUUUUAAUUUUUGGAUUAAUUAAUGUGUUGAAUAUACACCAGAUAAUUAAUGUGUAGAUGGUUUUAUUUAAGAAGAUGGUUAAUUUAUUUGUACUUAUACUCUGUUAUCUAAAAAUUAAAUUUAAAGGAACAUUGCUAUUCAAUUUAAUGAUUGUUAGAAUUAUUAUUCAAAUUGUUCAAAAUGUCUAUAAGAUUUUAAUGGAAUGAUAUAAUGUGUAGAAUGUGAUUAUGGAUAUUUCUUGAAUUUCUUAAAUGGAAUCUGUUAAUUAUGUUCUGCUAAAUUCAGUAAAUCACAAUUAUGCUAAAUGACAACUUCUAAAUAUGAUAAUUGGAAGUAUCAAGUUUAAAGUUUUUAUUUAAAUUUCAAACCAAAUAAAGUGCCAAUCCUUGUUUAAGGUAUUUAUUUUAUAGAAUGGUAUGAAAUCUUAAAAUGUUAGGAUGGUUAUUUAUAAUUUGGUUUGGAUUGCAAUAAAUUAAAAAAUUAAGAUUGUAUUGAAUAUGAUAUAGUAAGUCAAAUUUGCAAGGUUUGUAAAAAUAGUGUUGA